UCACAAAUGUUCUACACACUAAAAGACGCACCAACUCAAUCUUCUUAUCCAAACUAAAGCCAUUCAUCAAGUAUACUUCAACACUACACAUCCUUCAGCUUAAUAUCAAUACCCAAGAUUUGAAGGCUAAAGAAUGACACCAAUAACCAGAUUAUUGAACACUCAGUUACAAAACAUCUACAUUACUAAUCAUCCUAUUCUCUUUUAUGAAUCAAGCCCACGAUUCUACCACCGUGUCCCGAAAAUCUCAACACAGCAGCCUUGUCUUGGUCAGCUGAAUACUUCAGCUUAUAGCAAACCACUUUCAUGCAGGAGUGAUGCAGUUAAGUGUUAUGCAGGUAGACGGCGCAGGGCGAAUUACAUGGACACAGAUACUUAUGUGUACUUGGAACCAGGGAGAAGUGAGGAGUUUAUUUCUGAGGAAGAAUUGAAAGAAAAGCUUAAAGGGUGGCUAGAAAAUUGGCCAAACGAGACGUUACCACCCGACCUUGCUCGAUUCAAAACACUAGAUGAUGCAGUCACAUUUCUAGUGAAAUCUGUAUGUGAGCUUGAAGUUGAUGGAGAUGUUGGUUCAAUCCAAUGGUAUGCAGUCCGUCUUGAGUAAAGUUGUCAUGUCGCGUUUCAUUAGAAGAUUCGAUAAAAUUGGAAUGAUACAGAGAAGAUUAGCAAUUUUUCACAUUGGAUAUAAUUUAAUGGUAUGCAGUUCCUCUUGAGUAAAGUUGUCAUGACGCGUUUCACUAGAAGAUUCGAUAAAAUUGAAUGAU